CUCGCGCGUCGCUGUCCACCGGAGCUUCCACGGUAGUGGACGGUCUGCUUGCGAAUUCCGCCGGGACGGUCGAAUAGCACGGCGGUGAUCGAGCAGCCGCCGAGGUGCGAUCCAAGAUGAUGAUGCGGGCGUAGACGCAUUAUCGAGAUGCGUCAGCGCUCGCAAUUGCGCUUGUUUAUCUCCGUCAGUAUGUAGUUACGUUCGGGCGUGACUCGUGUUGAUUCGUACCGACCAUUCCCUCCCGGCAUCCCCCUCGUCGUCAUCCGCGCGUAAAGUCAUUUCCGCCGUUGUGGGAGAACGUUAUGCGCUCGUAAACGCCGGAGUCUUGGGACUCGGGAGUCGCGUAUACCAGCGUAUACACGCAGAGUUCGCCAGGGUGGUGGUUCGCGGGAUGUAAACAUUCGCGUCGCAGUCUCUCCGCGUGCAUUCGAGGAAGAUCGCGUCAAAAGGCGAGAGGAAGCAGAAGCCAUCUGCGACUGUCCGCGACGCCCGACGCAGGAUUUUGCAGCUUUUGCGACGAUCAUGAGUUGACACGUCGCCCCCCUCGACGUCGCGCCAGCGUUAAAUGCCACCCGCGCCAGCCGCAGGAUGGACGUCGCGGAGGACGCCGAGGCCGCGUUGGAUCCGCGCAUCCAGAUCGAGUUGGAGAAUUUGAACAAUGCAGCAGAUAAUAUUAAUAAGCUGGAGACUGAAUUGGAUGAAGCUCACACUGCUUUUGGGCAGCUCCUUUCAGAUACAACGAGGAGAUUGAAAGAAAUUACAGAAAAAUUAGGCACUAGUUGCAUUGAAAAAGCAAGAUGUUAUUAUGAGGCGCUAGAGAUGGCUCAUCAAGCUCAGGUACAGUGUCAACAACAAGCGCAACUGUUUCAAAGAGCUAGCGAAAUUCAUGCAGCGGCGAAGGAAACGGUCGCUCUGGCUGAAGCGCGAUUCAUGUCUCAUCAGCAUGAGUGGAAUUUUGACCAGGCAUGGCAGGAUAUGCUCAAUCACGCUACUAUUAAAGUAAUGGAUGCCGAAAAUCAGAAAGCGGAAUGUGGUCGAGAACAUCACAGAAGGGCGAUGCUGUUCCACGAAGCUGAAAAGAAACUACUACAAUUGGAGGAAAAGCAUCGAAACGCAAUAAUAAAAGCUAGACCAUACUUCGAAUUGAAGACCCAGUGUGAUCAGAUGUUGGCGACGCAGAAAGAAAGAGUGGAGUACCUGCAGCAAGCUGUUAAGGAAGCUAAACGUAAUUAUGCAACGAGUCUCCGGACGUUAGAAGAAAUUAGUAAUCAGAUACAUCAGCAGCGAAGAGAUUACGAUAUUGUGGCUAAUGGACCACGAGAACCCGGCGUCGGUGCUGAACUCAUUAAUUCAGACAUGUGUCAGAAGUACAAAAACGAAUUCAACAAUCUCGGCAGUCGUAAAAUAUCUCCUAUUAAGUAUAACGAAAAACUGCACGAUAAACCUUGCUCGGUAAAAAACGAUGCGGAACACCUUGAUAAAAGGUCUGUCGAUGGCAGUGAGAGCAAGUUCACGCAAUGGGAGCUCGAAUUGCAAGCUAGUAUGGAAAAGUUGAAUCGCUUGUCGACCGAAAAUUCGUUGCAUGUUAAAGAACGCGGCGCACAAAGUUCUUCCGACCUACCGGACACGGUUGAAAGCAGCGUCGUAAACGAGACGUGUCCCGAUCUUUCAUCUGCCGAAUUAUCUAACGCGCAUAGUUCAAAUCAAUUUUCAAAAUCGACUGAAAAUUCGAGGACUAAUGAAAGAGGUAGAUUGUUAAAAUCGUAUUCAACGACUGAUUCGACGACAGCCUUACGUUGCGCGUCGACAUUUGUUUUAAAGAGCAAUACUUCAAAGUCGCUAAACAACAGUCCAAUAAACAAAGGUACGUCUAAUUUCGAGAAUAAAAUCGCUGAAAGAACAGGAAGCACAAUUAUAUCGAAAUACGUGCCAAACAGAAUCUCUCGAUUUAAUAUUAAGGAUAGAAAAACACAGAGCAGCUGGGACAUUAACGCCCUUAACAAUGCCGAUAUUAAUGUUACAAGAAAAGAAGGUGGAAAAGAUAGCUGUAGUAAUACAAAUGAUACUUUAGCCAAUAAGAGCCACGUACAACUUUCGAAUUUACCGCGUGUCACGCACGUUUCUAAUAUCGAGUUCCUGCCUGCGAAAUCUAGUUUAUCAGGGCGUCAUGUCGCAGCGACUUCUGGCGUUAACCAACACUUGGAGAACACACAGAACGAUGUCGCAUUAUCGCAGUUGCGAUCUAACUCUGACAUUCUGCAAAAGCGUGCAUCAUGCAGUGCCAAUUCCAGUCCGAUAAAACGAAUGAAUGUAUUAUUAUCCUCCGCCAAAUCCUUAGAUACUGAGAGCACGGAUCAACUUGAUAAAUAUUCCAUUUCCAAGAGAUUCGCGAGCAAAACCGCCAGUAUUAAAGAAUUACCGCUUCUAUCAUUCUUCGGGCAAACGUCCGCGAUAUCGGCGCUCAGAGGUAAAAGUAGCAGCAUGAUCAAUUUGAGCGGUAAACAAAACCUGAAGACAUUGCUGGAUAAUUCUCAUCUGGGCAAUAUACAGGCGAUCAGCGCAGAAAGAUUGGCGAACGUGAGGCACAAGUUGGUCAACGAUUGUCCAGAGAUGAAGACAGGCGAUGUUAAGAAAUGAGUACAAGAAUGCGAUCAAAAUAAAUCGCUUAUACGAUAAGUACGUGAUUUCUGCGUUUAACACGUGUGUAAGUAGAGAAUUAAUUAUUAAUGUCGUUCACAACAAGAACUCUGAAAAUAAAACGUUGUAGCCUUAAUGUAACUUUAAAAACAUUCUGAAACAAUUUCGCGUCUUUGAGGAGUCACGAAAAAUGUUUCUGUAGUUUCAUUGCAAAUUAUACAACGGCUAAUUAUUAAAUGUUACAACGUUCAUUAAUGGUAUAUCGUAUUAAAUAUAAACCGUCGAUUAGUUAUAUCUGUUAUAUAUUAAUACUUUACUUGUAUUGAAACUAAACGUAAUCACAGGAUUACGAUCGAAAAAUGUGAUCAUUGAAGUAUCAGCAUGGAAUGGAUUAAAUAAUAAAUUUACGCGCUCAGUCCCAAUUAUGCAUAUAUACCUGCUAUUAAAAACCGACCAGGCGAUGUACGCAUCGUAUCGUUUACUAUUUUCUAAUCUUUUAAUAUGUACUUUUUUAAUAAAAUACGUGUUUCUUAAUAAGC